AUGUGCUGCACCAGACCGCCUCAUGUUUCAGUCGCUACGAUAUAUCCCUACAAACGGUUGGUACUAGAAUGGAUAUGCGCUCUCUCCACUUUGUUGAAUUCCGACACUGAUGAACUAAUUGGACGAGUUCUAGAGAGUCUUCACACCUCCGGUGUGCAAAUGGCUUCCGAUGAGAACCUUAUAGAUCUGGAUUACGCAGGCAACACUGACCUAACAUGGGAAGACGAGGACAAAGCGGAGCCACGAAAUCUUGCCAACUGGAACCUUCCUGGCGCCAUUCAGAACCUUGCGUUGGCUGUUCUAAUUCACAUGAAUGUGAUUAGUUCGAUUCUUGAUUGGUUCUUUAAGAGCUUGUGUUUGGCGGCCUUUGUUUAUCUGUAUUCCCGACUAAAACAAAUGAAGCUUGGUGACGGGAUGACAUUAGUUUGCGUUGAUCUUCUACAACACACAGUGAAAUACUUGGAGGUUUUGAACCAGAUUUGGACAGUGGGCGCCCUGACAAUAACUCAGCUCAUGUACAACAUGAAUUCCAUAUACACAAAUAAACUCAUGCCACAUCGGCCAUCGCGUGGUCGCCUUAAUUGCUACAUACAGCAGGGCGGUUAUGUAAGCAACAUUUGCGCGUCAUCUGGAGCCGAAAUCCUUAGGCAUCUCGAAAUCAAUAUUCAAGCCUCGACGCACAGAUGCAAUCUAACCGCCUUAUCACUCUCCACUUGCUUCCGGCUGUGCACCUCUGGCGAUUCAGAGGCUGCUGCAGGCAGGAUAUGCAGCCAUUGGCAUCGUCCCAUACGACCUACCGGAAGGUCCUUGUUUGACUGGAUACCCAUUGAUAGUCUCCUGACGGAGGUUAUUCUGGCAUUGUUUGUGGAGCAGUCUCACAAAGUUGUUAAUGAUGACGAUAAUAAUGAUUAUCUCAGCAGCACUUUGGUACAAUCGGCACAAAAGACUGAGGCGACCGAAUUCAGCAGAAAAGUGUACUUAACGCAAAGUGAUGUCACACGGUCUGCGUACGGGAAAUUGCCUUUUUUCCAUUGUUAUCAGAGUUGGCUCAAGUGGUUAGAGCGCGAAUUUACUGACCGGAAGGUCCGUGGUUCGAACCCGACCUCCGCCACUCGACUUCCCCUGUCUAGGCUUGGGCAACCUGACAGUAUCCCAGCCCUCGUGCUUCCUUCGGGUGGCAUGGCAGUUAGGCACCGAAAGGGCGCUACAGCUGAACGAUUUAUUUAUUUAUUUAUUUAUCAGAGUUUAACCAAACUAAUACGCCAGUCUGAAUAA